AUGGGGGACGUACUAGUGGAUACUAUUUCGGCUCAAAAUCUACCGCAUAAGAAGCAUCUGCCCUCAUCAAUACCAAACAUAGAGUCAUUGGAAGCAUUAGAAACGGACGGUGGUGAUGAAUACUUAAUAAUGAAGAAAUUACACGGUCAUCUGGAGUAUAUUCAGCUCCAAGAAGAAUACAUCAAAGAUGAACAACGGAGUCUAAAAAAAGAAUUGGUUCGAGCUCAAGAAGAGAUUAAACGUAUCCAAAGUGUGCCGCUGGUAAUUGGACAAUUUAUGGAAGCUAUUGAUCAAAAUACUGGUAUUGUACAAUCUUCGACUGGCUCAAAUUAUGUUGUUCGAAUACUUUCAACUCUCGACCGUGAGAAACUGAAGCCUUCAUCCUCAGUGGCUCUACAUCGUCAUUCAAACUCUCUCGUUGAUAUAUUACCUCCUGAAGCAGAUUCAUCUAUCGCCAUGCUGGGCCAUGAUGAGAAACCAGACGUAACUUAUGCUGAUGUCGGAGGAUUGGACAUGCAGAAGCAGGAAAUUCGAGAAGCUGUGGAACUUCCUCUGACUCAUUUUGAUCUUUACAAACAAAUUGGUAUAGACCCACCCCGUGGUGUUCUACUAUAUGGCCCACCAGGAACCGGUAAAACUAUGUUGGUCAAGGCUGUGGCUAAUUCUACCACUGCCAAUUUCAUUCGUGUGGUGGGAUCCGAGUUUGUACAGAAAUAUUUGGGAGAGGGGCCACGUAUGGUUCGGGAUGUAUUCCGAAUGGCGCGAGAAAACUCACCUGCAAUAAUUUUCAUAGAUGAAAUUGACGCGAUCGCUACGAAGCGAUUUGACGCGCAGACUGGAGCUGACAGGGAAGUUCAACGUAUUCUUCUAGAGCUUUUAAACCAGAUGGACGGCUUUGACCAAACUUCAAAUGUCAAGGUUAUCAUGGCCACCAACCGGGCUGACACCCUUGAUCCAGCCCUCUUACGACCAGGAAGGUUAGAUCGAAAAAUCGAAUUUCCUAAUCUGAAAGAUCGAAGGGAAAGACGAUUAAUAUUCACUACGAUCGCUUCUAGGAUGUCUCUUGCGCCCGAGGUAGAUCUUGACAGCUUGAUUGUACGAAAUGAUCCUCUCAGUGGUGCGGUUAUUGCAGCGAUUAUGCAAGAAGCUGGGCUGAGGGCAGUACGGAAAAAUAGAUAUAACAUCAUACAAGCUGAUAUUGAAGACGCUUAUUCGAGUCAGGUGAAAGGAGCGGCAGAGAAGAAUAAGUUCGAUUUCUACAUGUAA